CAUUGCAACCUCCGUUAUUGAUGGAAGUAGAAAACCAAUGAAGCCUGGUGGUUAUAGCGAUAGUGGUGCAGAUAUUGGAUAUGCAUUGAAAUCUAAUAACAUCCCCGUAAUUACCCCUAUUGAUAACUCUUGUUCAAUCUCUAAUAUGGAUUGGGUUUUUCCUGAUACGGAAGAAGGGAUUAAUGAAGCACUUGCCAAAGGAACAAAGACACUGUAG